AUGCCCAGCAACGUGCGUUCCAACGCAGAGGCCAUCCUCGGCAACACGCGCUCGGAGGAUCCCUUCGCCUCUCCACCUUUUGCUUUCUCCAGUCCACUCCAGUCCACUCCAGUCCAGCAUACUCGCCUCUCCAACCCUCAGCGCUUCCAUCAUCGCCCCCGUCCGUCGCCCUACAAUCGCUCUCCCUGCCCAGCUGUUGAAUCGACGACGCCCACGGCUUUCGAACCCACCGACUGGCCCCCUAGCGAUAGCAAGGCAAAAAAAUCCCUGAAAAGACGCCGGGCUCUGCUCCUCUCUCGGCUCGCCGACACGGGACCGUCGCACUCAGCUCGUCCUCCGUCAUCUCCAGAGAACGAGAACGCAGAGAGCCAACAACGCCAGGCAAAUCCGUCAUCGUCGACAGGCCGAGUGUAUGAAGCCGACCGCCUGAAUUCGGUCCUUCCCCUUACCGCAGCGACAUCUCGGCCUCCCGGCCUGGCGCGACACGCCACUCUGGUCCCUCGCGAGGAGCCUUGGUUCAUGAUGUCUUUCCACCCCCAAACUCCCCAAAGUCCCUCGCAAUUCUCGCCCGCAACCUCUUCGGAUCCCUCCCUCGGCUCGUCCGGCUCUGUGGCCGCCGCGGGAACAGGAACGACGACCUUGCCGACUCCCGCACACAGCGUCAACGGCAGCUCCUCGCACCCCGACUCCAUCAUGCUCGACGAUUCACCGCACAAGCGAAAGCGGCCUCUCGAAGAUGUCGGCGACGACCGCGACCUGAAAAAGGCUCACAUUGACGACUACAAGCUCGCCAUCGAGGACCUACACCGGGACGUGGGCCUCAAGUACCUCCUUCUUCAAUCUCCGCAUCCCGAGUCUCUUCCUAGCACGUCGGAAGAUCUCUAUGACAUGUUCGACUUGGCUAAUCUGGCCGCCGAAGUCGCCAGAGAGAAGCCAAACGGCGAGAAGAACGCGCUCCGCAAGACGUACAAGGGUCACAUUAAGCGGCUGGGCGUCACUGGGCACUUUGAUGUCCAGAAGAAGAAGGAGGAUUCGCCCUCGGAUUUCCUGGCCAUGCUGCAGGUUCCCGACCACGAGUGGAACGUCCACCAGGUCAAGGGCAGGGCUCUCAUGGAUGGCUUGUCGGAUCUCACCAAGUCUUCCUUGGGCCGCGCCUUUACCAUGGCCAAGGGUCCAGUCGCGAAAUCAGUUUGGGACACGUCGGUGUUGGGGGACAUCGGCCCAUCUAAUGGUGAUAGUUCGAAGGCACCGUCCGCGAAACCGACGGCGCCAAACACGCCUCUAAUAUCCAUGCCUGGCGCGGCCAUCAACCGGCACAAGUCUCAGCUGUCGUCUGGCUCAAAUGCCGCACGGCCUCAGCGCAGCAUCAAGAAGCGAUCCUAUGGCGACAGCAGCUACGAAGGAUAUGGCGAGGGAUUUCCCGACGACGACACUGGCCUUGAAACAGGCUACUCUACGGGAGAAGGCGAAGGAGGCCAGAAGCGCCGCAAGAAGGCAAGCGAAAACCCGAAAUCCGAUGCUACCGUUCAUUUCUAA